UUUAAAUAAUAUUUAAAAUUAUAUUGAAUCAAUUAUCAAAACUGCAUCUUAUUAUUACUUUUUAUAAUACGUAUAAACUAUUUCUUGAUCGGUCGAUUUUCUAUGGAUGAUGUGUUAAAGCAGGAAUGGAUGAUUGCUAUCGCGAGAACUUCUAUUUCGCCAAAUUCAUAUGUUUGUAGUGAUCAUUUUACAAAUGAGUCGUAUCAUCAGACUAAUGAAUACACGACUUUAAAACGAUUAUUAUCAAAUGCAAUUCGUAAUAUAAUAAAAAAUCCAGAAGUACCAUUAGACAGUACUAUUACAGUUGCUGAAUCAACUAAUAAAGAUGAUCUUAAUAGUCAAUCUGGAUACAGUGAUAUUAAAAUCGAAAUCAACAAACGGAAAAAACCUUAUCCUUUCACAUUUAAAGAUUUGACGAACAAGAAAUUUCGUUUCAAAAAUAGUGUUCAAACAGAAUCCAUCGAAAGAAAAGAUUUCAUUUAUUUCUGAUACAGCAUGGGAACGAUUCCUCAAAUUAAUGAUUUAUAAAAAUAAUCAAAUAGCAGUUGUUCGUAACAAAUAUUUAAGAAAAAAAAAAAAUUGAGAAUUUAACGAUAAUAAUUGAGAAAUUAAAGAUGAAA